AUGAACUUUUUGUUCGGAUUCUUAAUUGCGGCUGCUCUAGCCUACCCUCAAUUCCCUACCUUUUACAAGGCCAACGUCACCGUAACACUGCCUUACGCUGACUUUGUGGAGCCCAUCUUUGUCUACUAUGAUGCUGACGCUAAGAAGGCUCGUUUCGAUUAUUAUGGUGGUGUCAACAGAUACUACUAUGAUAUGAACAAGGAAGUCGGAUAUGCUAUCGUUCCUGUGGUUGCUUACGAGACUUGCUUCAACAUCCACAAGGGUGAUGUGGCCAUGAACUCGAUUCUCCCUGACCUGGAGGGUUUCGAACUUCAGGAUAAGAUGGAGAAGGUCAACGGCCACAACUGCAGAGUGUGGUACCACGAGGAGCAGAUUGGCGACAAGCUGAACAAGUAUUGGUACUAUGAGGACAUUGGCAACUUCAAGCCUGUCCGCUUCUACAUGAUCGGCUACAACGUGGUCCUGCAGUCUCACUUCGAUGAGUACAUCUACGAUUACAUCUCUGUGGAGUACGUGCGUCCCACUGCUGAGGAUUUCUCGGAGCCCGAGACGAAGUGGACUUGCAUUGACUUCCCUGGACCUGGUUCGGUUGUGGGCGACUCGCACAAGUUCCUGUCGACCCGCUUCCCUCGCACGGCUGCUGCGGAGUUCAAGCAGUUCGUGAAGGACAACAAGAAGUGCUACAACGAUGUGGAGUACAAGGAGCGCCAGCUGAACUUCCUGCGCAACAAGGCCCGCGUGGAGAAGGUGAACAGCGAGAACCGCAGCUACAAGCUGAAGCUGAACCACCUGGCGGAUCGCUCGGAGUCGGAGCUGCGCGCCAUGAUGGGACUGAAGCGCUCGCAGAAGAAGGACUUCGCCGCUCAUCGCUACACGCCCAGCAACGGCGUCAAGCCCGACUUCGUGGACUGGAGAGAGAAGGGAGCCGUGACCCCCGUGAAGGAUCAGUGCAUGUGCGGAUCCUGCUGGACCUACGGAACGGUGGGAGUGCUGGAGGGACAGUACUUCCUCAAGUACGGCAAGCUGGUCAAGUUCUCGGAGCAGAACCUGCUGGACUGCUCGUGGAACUUCGGUAACGACGGCUGCAACGGAGGCGAGGACUUCCGCGCCUACGGCUGGAUGCUGCACAACGGCGGUCUGAUGACCGACGAGGACUACGGACACUACCUGGGCAUUGACGGAUGGUGCCACUUCAACAAGUCCGCCGCCGCCGUCAAGAUCACGGACUACGUGCUGAUCACCCCCGGAUCGGUGGAGGAGCUGGAGGACGCCGUGGCCAACGUGGGUCCCAUCUCCGUCGGUAUCGCUGUCACCACCGACUUCCUCUUCUACGCCGAGGGAGUCUUCGACAACCCCGAGUGCUCGUCCGCUGUGGAGGAUCAGGCGCAUGCCGUCCUGGCCGUGGGUUACGGAACCGAGAACGGAAAGGACUACUGGCUGAUCAAGAACUCCUGGUCCACUUACUGGGGAGACAACGGCUACGUCAAGAUUGCGAGAAAGAACAACAUUUGCGGUGUUGCCACUGCUGCUUCCUAUCCUAUUCUGGAGUAAAUAGAAUCUCAUGGCAAAGUAUUAUAAUAAAGAAAAGAAA